UGGACCAAAUAAGAAUUUACAAUGCUGUUCUCUGUUUAUAGAGCACUACCCUUGGUAUUUUCCACUAUGCAGACAGCACGUUGGGUUUUAACAUGGCAGUCAAUGUUACCUGUCAACACAUUACAUCUUUCUUCCUGGUUGGUGUUCCUGGGUUGGAAACCUUUCACUGCUGGAUCGGCAUCCCUGUCUGUCUCCUGUUUGUCCUGACCUUGCUGGGGAACAGCAUAAUCCUUGUUACUAUACAGCUAGAGCCAAGUCUCCACCAGCCUAUGUAUUUCUUUCUUUGCAUGCUGGCAAUGAAUGACAUGUGUCUCGCCACUUCUGCAGCUCUGAAGAUGCUUGGCAUCUUCUGGUUUGAUGCCCAUUGGAUCGAUUUUGAUGCCUGUCUAACACAAAUGUAUUUUAUCCACACACUUUGCAUCAUGGAGUCAGCCAUCCUAGUAAUCAUGGCAUUUGAUCGCUUUGUGGCCAUUUGUAUCCCCCUUCAUUAUGCAUCAAUCCUGACAACUUCUAUGGUGACUAAACUGGGUCUAGCUGGCCUGAUCAGAGGUGUGCUAAUGGUUUUGCCAUGUCCUCUUCUCAUUAAAAGGUUGCCCUACUAUACGAAGUAUAUUAUCCACCAUGCCUACUGUGAGCACAUGGCUGUGGUGAAGUUAGCCAGUGCUAACACUCUCAUUAACAGAGCAUAUGGAAUUUCAGUGGCCUUUUCAGUGAUAACAGUGGACUUAGGACUCAUAGCCACAUCUUAUGUAAAAAUCCUCCAAGCAGUGUUCCGUCUCUCUUCCCAGAACGCCCGCUCUAAAGCCCUGGGCACCUGCGCUGCCCAUGUCUGCACCAUGCUCGUCUCUUACACACCUGCACUGUUUAGCUUCCUAACUCACCGCAUUGGCAAGAAGGUGCCUCCAAGUGUUCACAUCAUUGUUGCAAGUGUGUACCUCUUACUACCUUCUGCAGUUAAUCCAGUGGUGUAUGGUGUCAAGACCAAACAGAUUCGUGAUCGAGUGAUAGAUCUUUUCUUUACACAUAAGAAACUUUCUGACAAGUAAAACAUUACCGUAAAACUUAUUUUAGCAGAUUUCGUUCUGUGAAGUCAG